CGUAUGUUCAUUCUGUUGUGUAUUAUCCGGCAACGUUGCCCGCGAGUCCAUUAAACUUUUUAAAUCCAUCGAUAACUCAUCCUCAGUAUUUAUCGCUCCUCCUUUCGCGGUUCAUUCUUACAAUUAAUUUUAAAUUAAUAAUAACAAUUAAUAUAUUUACUGUUUAUAUUUUUUUUGGUAUAAAAUGUCUCGAGGUUUAAUCAAUUGGAGUCAAUUAAGACGUUACAGUUCAUUGCCCGAAUUACCGAGCUGCAAGUACUCGACUCCAUUUUAUCAAGCAACCGAUUACGAGACAGUAAAAGCAACAAGACUCGCUCCAAGUGAACGUCCUUAUUACAAAAAACCUCUUCUUAUACAUGAGGGUCAUGGUCAGUGGCUAUGGGAUCACACUGGCCGCCGUUACCUAGAUAUGUUUGCUGGAAUAGUAACUGUCGGAGUUGGACAUUCCCACCCAAAAAUUACAGAGGCAUUGUCACAACAAAUAUCAAAGUUAGGCAGUACGACGGUGAUUUAUAUGCACCCGCAGUAUCACGAGUACGUUGAUAAAUUAAAAAAAAAAUUACCAGAGAAUUUAAACGUGAUUUAUUUAGUAAACAGCGGGUCAGAAGCAAAUGAGUUGGCAUUUUUAUUAGCAAAACUUUAUACUGGAGCACAAGAAAUUAUUUCUUUGCAAAAUGGAUAUCAUGGAGGAACAGCAGCGACGCAGGCUGCUACUGGUUUAAAUAUUGCUAAAUAUCCAAUACCUCAAGCUCCUGGAUUUACUCACGUAAUGAACCCCGAUGUUUAUAAUGGACCCUGGGGCUGUUCUCAUUGCCGAGACUGUCCAAUCUCCCAUGGAAAAAAUUGUUCAUGUGUUGGAAAUAAUUGCCAAGCUGCUGAUAAAUAUUUUGGUCAAUUACAGAAUAUAUUUAAAUAUUGUCUUUCGUCUUCCAAACCCGUAGCUGCUUUUAUUGCUGAAAGUAUUCAAGGUAUCGGGGGUAUCGUUCAGUAUCCGAAGACAUAUUUAUCAAAAGUCUAUGAUUUUGUACGUAGUAAGGGAGGUAUUUGCAUCGCUGAUGAAGUCCAAACGGGAUUCGCCAGAACCGGUGAUCAUUUCUGGGGCUUUCAGGGUCAUGGGGUUACACCGGAUAUUGUUACAACGGCAAAAGCUAUUGGUAAUGGAUUUCCUCUAGGUGCUGUUAUCACUACCAAAGAAAUAGCUGAGGUUUUAAAUAAAGCCAUGAGAGUAAACACUUUCGGUGGCAAUCCACUGGCUUGUGCUGUCGGUUCAGCGGUUCUUGAUAUAAUAGACGAGGAACAGCUUCAAGAAAAUUGUAAGACAGUCGGUACACAUUUAUUACAUCGCCUGAGUACUCUGCUGUUGGAUUAUCCGACGAUUAUUGGAGACGUCAGAGGCAAAGGAUUGAUGAUUGGAAUUGAAUUGAUUCGCGAUGUUGAAACAAAAGAGCCCUUGCCAGUGGAGCAAGUGCUGGAUAUUUUUGAAGACAUUAAAGACAUGGGUGUGCUGAUUGGCAGAGGUGGAGUCAAUGGAAAUAUAUUGAGAGUAAAGCCACCGAUGUGCAUUACAAAAGAAGACGCUGAUUUUGCUGUCGAGAUAAUUAAAAAGUCACUGGACAAUCAUCGAGAUAAAUAUAUCAGUGACAAGGAGUCGGUUUUCUUUGGGGGAAUUUAAUAAAAUCGAACUGUGAU